CUACGAGCACAUGACUGAAAGAUGACGAGUUUAUGAGAGUAGUUGUGGGCGGAGCGAUGCAUGUAGCCACGCCCCGAACGCGGUGCAAGAGGCGACAGGAGUCAGUGCUGAGAUUCUGACCGGUUCAAGCUGAAAAUGGUCGUUAAUAGUGACGCUGACGAGGCUGUCAAGAGUGUGAAUUGUGGAGCGUCGUCGACGAAUGGCGGAUGCAGAUUCACACGUGGAGAUUUUGCCAGAUCUGGUGCUUUUAGCCACAUUAUUUCACACCAGCAGUGAAGCCAGACUCCAACAUCAAUUUUAGGGAUCCCAAAAUUCCCAGCAGAUGCUGUCCAGUCCAACACCAACUGAAUGACCCAACUAGAGGUUACCCAUUGUAUCGCAGCUGAUAUCCAGAUUUGAUUGUAUUAACAAGACCAAAUGGAUGUCCAAGUGCAAAGUCAAGAGCUGAAUGAAGAGAAGAACCAUGAUAAUGUCACAAAAAAGAAUUUAUCAAAAAACAGAAGAACUACAAAGACCAACAAGUCUUUCACUUGCCGCGAGUGUGGAAAGAGUUUCACACUAAAAGGAAGCUUUAAAAAGCACCAACUAAUUCAUACUGGCGAGAAGCUUCACAUGUGUCCUCAGUGUGGAAAGAGUUUCAUGCUCAAAAGCCACCUUAACAGACACGUGAGAAUACACACUGGAGAGAAACCUCACGCAUGUCAACAGUGUGGAAAGAGAUUUUCACAAAAGAUUCAUCUCAGUCGUCAUCUGCGCUGUCAUGAAAAACCAUUCAGCUGUGAUCAGUGUGGCAAGGAGUUUAGAUCCUCAUCAUAUCUCAACAAACACCUGACAAUUCACGCAGUCGAGAGGCCGUACUUGUGUCCAGUGUGUGGAAAGAGUUUUUCACGGCUGGCCAAUUGCAAAAAGCACCAGAAGAUCCAUUCUUCUGUGAAAACUCAUGCUUGUGUGGAGUGUGGCAAGACCUUCAUUACACAUGAAAAUCUCAGAAAGCAUCUGAAAAGUCACUCUGAAGAAAGACCGUUCACAUGCACUCAGUGUGGAUAUGGAUUCAAAGAGAAAGUCCACCUGAACAAACACAUGAGGAUUCACACUGGAGAGAAGCCGCACACAUGCCAUCAGUGUGGGAAGAGCUUCAUACAGUUGUCGGGUCUCCGUUAUCAUAUGCAUCGUCACUCUGGAGAAAAAACAUAUAAUUGUGAUCAGUGUGAGAAGAAAUUUACAUCGUCGUCAAUUCUAAAAAGGCACCUGAUGGUGCAUACGGAUGAGAGGCUCCAUAAGUGCUCUUUGUGUGAAAAGAGUUUUUCACGACCGGACAAUCUGAAACAGCACCAAAAACUGCAUGAUGCUGUACGGGAUCACAUGUGUUUCGAGUGUGGGAAGAGCUUUACAGCAGCAAGUCAAUUGACAAAUCACCAAAGAAUUCACACUGGAGAAAAACCGUUCAGCUGCUCGCAGUGUGGAAAGAGUUUCACACAAAAAAGCCACUUAAACAAACACAUACAUAUAAUUCAUAGUGAUGAGGAGCCGCAAACAUCAAGUCACUCUCAUUGAUCAAAUACAUAAUCUGAGAUUCUGAAAAUGCUUGUUUUUAAUUUAUGUUUGGAAAAGAUGUUUUCACUCUGUUUUUCAGAUAAAGUUGUUUUUACUUUAUUGUUCAGAUAAAGUUUUUACGUUAUUGUUCAAAUACAGUUUCUAUGAAAUAUCAGAAUUUAUAGAGAUGUUUUCCUUUAAUUUUGGGGAGCAGCAGAACAGAAGUAUUGCAUUACAUUCAUAGAUUUAUGUUUUUUUAUUCUUGUGUUUAUUCUACAUAUUUCUUUAACCGAAAAGCCUCAUUGUUAAGAUGUGAACGAAUAAAUGCAUAAAUAAUCUGUGAGAAAUCUGUGCACUGCCAAUUUUAAAACUUUAUUUUAGUCUGAUAAAUAGUAAUUGAUGUAAACUAUAAACUACCAAACUAAAAACAAAUAAACCAAAGGUGAGCUAAAUAAAGACAAAUCUUCAUCAUGUUU